UAAUGACCAUCUUAAUUCCAACUCAAAGAAGCUAUUAAACAGAACCCGAUUAAUGGCGAAGGAGAAGGAAUAUAGACACGUUUGGGUCAAGCACGCUAAGAUACAUGUUCGGAAACACGAUGGUUCUGCUGUUCUUAUCAUAGCUAGUGAUGGCGAUUUAAACAGACUAAAAUAGAAUGUUAUGUUGUCUGUAAGAAGGUUUGCACCAUCGAUAUUUUAAUCAGUCGUGUUAACUUAACAAUAUCCAUUAAGUUUAUAACCUUUAUUGUUCCAAUUUUUUUGUUUUAUUUUUAUUAUUAUUUCAUGUCUUUGUAUUAUGUUAAAAUAAUUUCAAAAUUUAGAAAAGGGUUGAGCUUCCCUGCCUUUUGCCGCGGUAUGCUACUUGACCAUUUUUUAUAUACCUGGGUUCUUUGUGUCGCACUUGCAUAUCACAUUAUUCAAUAUGAAAUUAUUAAACGAAAUUUAAUUGUCUUGCUCGCACUUAUGUGGUUAAUGCGUGAAUUGAUCUAUUGCUUUCUCGUUCGCGUUGCUUAUUAUUUGUUCUUGGUUUAUUAUGUUCUACCCUUGAUUUUAUUUGGUUUGGAUUGUCGAUUGCUUGUUGUGUUCGUUUCAUUCAUUCACGGUGGUGUAACAUUGUACUUUGCUAUUGAUGCGGUUAUUAUGUCUUGCGUUAUUCCUAAUGGCCAAUGAUACUGCUAAAAAACUAUCUAUUUACUACCAGAAUAUACGCGGACUACGCACUAAAACCGAUGACUUCUAUCGUCAAUUAUGUGUUAAUUUGUACGACGUUGUUAUAUUGACGGAAACUUGGCUGGUGAAUGGAAUAUCUGACUCGGAGUUAUUUUGUGACCGUUAUAUUGUGUGGCGCCGUGAUCGAGAUUAUCAUCGUACGGGUCAAACUCGGGGAGGUGGUGUGCUGAUAGCAGUGAACAAGCUCAUAUCAGCAGUGCCCCAGCCGCUAUUUCAAUCCACUGCGGAGGAUCUUUGGGUUUCGGGGCUGGAGCCCAACCACAACCUCACACUCAACGCCUCAGCCAAAUGGCUGAUAGAAGCUUCCAAAGGCGUCCAGGACCCAGCAGUACUCCUAGAAAAGUUUUCCCAGAAUAAGAAAGUGGAUGACACGACGAGGGCAUUACUCCUCACAUUCUAUGGGAUUCUGGUAGUAAUUGGCGCAGUCGGCAAUGCACUCGUUGUUAUAUCCGUAGUAAGAAAACCAGUGAUGAGAACAGCCCGAAACAUGUUUAUCGUUAACCUGGCGGUCUCCGAUGCUCUGGUCUGUUGUGUCGGCACGCCUUUGACCUUGAUGGAACUUUUGACCAAACAUUGGCCACUGCCAGAUUGGCCGAGCCUCUGCAAGGCGUGUGGCGCGAUCCAAGCCAUAUCAAUAUUUGUGUCAACGAUAUCCAUUACAGCUAUUGCAUUGGACAGAUAUCAGCUGAUCGUGUACCCAACGAGACCAGGCCUUCAGACGAUGGGCGCCCUCGUCACAAUGUUCUGCAUCUGGGUGAUCGCUUUCACUCUCGCCUCACCUCUCUACAUCUUCCGGAGCCUCAAGACCCACUACCUCGGUCUCAUAGGCAUGGAUUCUCUCAGUUUCUGCAUAGAAGACUGGCACAUCAAAAACGGACGAGCCAUCUACUCUGGCUUCAGUCUUAUCUUCCAAUACCUACUCCCCGUCUUAGUCGUAGUUCUUGCACAUGUCCAAAUUCAUAGAAGACUUAGAGGAAGACGGCGGACCACGAGGAAAACUCCAGCCAUAUUAAUAGCCAUCGCCGUGACAUACGUCAUAAGCUGGCUGCCAUUAAACGUGUUCAAUCUCGUAGCAGACUUAAGUGCCGAGCCUUUUAUGGAGGAGAAAACGAUGACAAUAACAUACGCCGUCUGUCAUAUGUUCGGGAUGUCCAGUGCAGUAUCGAAUCCCUUACUGUACGGGUGGCUGAACGACAACUUCCGUAAAGAAUUUGAAGAAAUACUUUGUUGCUGUAAAAAGAGACAGCUGACCAAGAACACGAGGAUAAAGAGUCGGAAGAUGGACACGGAGCUGACGGCACUCGCGCAGUUGGAGCACACUGUCACCGCGAACACGAAGACGUCACAAUGCUCUCAGAUUUUCUGACUAAAGGCUUGUUGUAAAUAGCAGGAACCUAUAAGUGUUGAAAUGCAAAGCAUUUAAGAACUCUAGUGUCAAUUUAUUAAUCUUAACGGUGUACAAAGUUCCUUUAUGUUCGAGUUGUUAGUUGAUAAUUUCUCCUGUAAAUAUCUGUAGAUAUACUGUAUUAUUCUUACUUAAAAAAUAAUAUUGCACUAUACGUUUUCAUGAGCCCAAAACGUAGAGUACUAAUAUUUGAUACGAAGCCUUAUUUCGAUUGUGUAGUUAUAAGAAUUCUUUUUCUAUAAUAAAUCGUUAACGAAAAUAAAUAUAUUAUUCGGUC